GUGAUUGGUUUAAUAAAGAAGAUUUUAUUGGCAAAUAUCUGACAGAAUAAGGUUGGACAGGAGAGCCAGACUAGGAGAAUGCUGGCAGGAAGAAGGGCAGACUGAGGAGUUUUCAGCCUGAUGCUCAGGAAGCAGGACGUGUAGAAAAUGAGCAGUGAAGAAGCACCACUUGGUCCACUCACCAGCUUGCCAAUGAUCCAGCUCAUCGUCACCCCCUCAAAUGCUCUUGUGGAUGAGCCCGUGUCCAUCAGAGCAACUGGUCUGCCUCCAUUGCAGACAGUGACCAUCAAGGCAACACUGAAGGAUGAGAAGGAGAAUCUGUUCCAAUCCAGAGCCUUCUACAAGGCCAAUGAGGCUGGAGAGGUAGACCUGGAGCAGGCAGCAGCCUUGGGGGGUGACUAUGUAGGAAUUCAUCCAAUGGGCCUCUUUUGGUCCCUGAAGCCCAAGCGGCCUUUCCGGCGGCUGAUGAAGAAAGAGGUGAUGAACAGCCCAUUUUGUAUCACUCUGGACCUGUAUGACUCCGUUUGCUUACAUGAUUCAGCCACAAUUAGACCCAAGGCCAGUCAGAUAGUGCAGCGCUGGUUUGUAGGCCCUGGGGUUCAGCGGAAGCAGAUCCGAGAAGGGCGCAUACGCGGAGCCCUUUUUCUCCCUCCAGGAGAAGGUCCUUUCCCGGGAAUUAUUGACAUGUUUGGGAUUAUUGGAGGUCUAAUUGAAUUCCGUGCCAGUCUUUUGGCUUCCCGUGGCUUUGCAGUGCUGGCUUUAGCGUAUUUUGCCUAUGAAGACCUGCCUGACAAACUGCUGGAGACCGACUUGGAGUAUUUUGAAGAAGCCGCUGAUUUCCUACGAGCUCAUCCCAAGAUCCAACAACCAGGAAUUGGUGUGAUCUCCGUGAGCAAAGGUGCAGAGAUAGGACUGGCCAUGGCCUGCUAUCUGAAACAGGUGGUUGCCACUGUCUGUAUCAAUGGGCCCAAUGGCAUCUUAGGCACUCCACUAAGGUAUCGGGAUCUGGUUGUGCCACCCAGCCAAUGGAAUCUGGAGUACACCCAAGUUCAUGCUUCAGGGGCUGUACAAUUCCUUUCCUAUUUAGGUGACCCCUGGAAUAGGUUGAACCCACAGAGUAUACUUCCUGUGGAAAAAGCCCGAGGGUGGAUCCUCUUCAUUGUAGGAGAAAAUGAUAAAUGUUUGGAUAGCAAGGCAUUUGCACAGAGGGCUAUGGACCAGCUCCAGAGCCAUGGGAGAAGCAAUGGAAGAAUGCUGGCAUACCCUGGGGCAGGUCACCUCAUAGAGCCACCCUAUUCUCCCUGUUGCUUUGCAUCCUGGACCUCUGACUCGGCUAACCCAUUGCUUUGGGGAGGAGAUUCCAUUGCUCAUGCAGCAGCUCAGGAACACUCAUGGAGAGAGAUCCAGAAGUUCUUCAGGCAACACCUUUCUCCAUCUAGAAGCAAACUCUAAGCAAAGGGUGUGACCAUGCCCAGGCAGUUUACCAAAGUACAAAAGGCCAUAGUGUGGAGGGGCAAGAGAAGAGGAGGAAUGCCACUUUGCCGUGGAAGGAUCAAAUGGGCCCUACCCAGACCCACCACUCACAAGGAUCAGUGAAGAGGGACAGUUUGACAUGACAGCCUUCAUGGGAGGAGGUUAUGGGUAUUGAUGCUGCUAAUAGCCAGUCUUUCCAAUAUGUUGAAUUUUAGCCUAAUCAAGCCUUUGAUCAUUUCCUAGCCUUGCACCAGGAGAGCAAGUUAAUCGUCACCAUGAGUAAACAAGUCCAAACUGCAAGUUAUUAUGUAGGUCAACUGUUGUAGAACUUCCGCAAUUAAUUUCAUGGGUACCACUAAGUUAGGCUAGGAAGAUUAAGUCCAGGACUAUAGAAGACUUUUAAAAAAUGCUCCGAAAGGCCUGUAUCUGAGCAGAGUCACUGUAAAAAGAAAUUGGGGGGGGGAAUGAGUUAAACAUUUGUUUAAUAGCUAACAGUGACAUUAGUGCAAUGUUUUGUUGUAUAUGUUAGAUCGUGGCCUGCCACUUUAAGCCCCUGUUCACUCAAAGAGGCCAAGUCCCCAGCCUGGAAAAAUCAGGCCCCCACCAAUUGAAGCCCUAUAUACUCCUUGCCUCUAUGCUCCCUACCUCUGUAACAGAUAGUUAAGAAAGACUGUGUGGCCUCAGGCCCGCCCACUGCUCCUCUCCCUGCUCUUACACCCUUCCUCUCUGUAACAGACAGUUAAGAAGACUGAAGCCUCGCAGUCCCUCACCCCCAAAACUGCAGGAGAGGCUUAUGGAUCUACUGGGUACUAAGCAUAUAGGCUAUGGUAAAAUGUUACAUGAAUUAAAUCACAUGGAAUAACAGGUCCCACCUGUCCUCCACAACUUAGGAAAACAAGGGUAGCUCUUUGUUUGGGGGAUUUAUAUGGAACCUUGCCCCUUGUAGUGCUUCUCAGGGUAUCUCUCUGUUAGCGUAAGCUGGCCCUCUUUAGUAAAGUGCCUCUUCAGGUUUUAACUGAAAGCAAGCCUCCCUUGCCCUCUCUGCUAAUGUAGUCCAUUUCUGAAGGGUAAUUUUAUUUCUGCUCUUUUUGUAAACCUGCCACUCCUUGAGUCUCAAUAAUAUGUAUUUAUUCAGGAAUUAUCACACCAGGCUAAUUUAAAUAUCACCUCACAUACUGAUGAUAUUUUUGUACUGAAUCUGUUCUCUUUGUGAUUUUGAUAUACAAUAAUGUUAUUAUUAACUAUGGUCAUUAUGAUGUUAAAAAUAUCUCAUAAUUACUUUUUUUGUCUAAUUCAUAUGUUUAAGUCAUUAUUUUUCAUUACUCCAUAGAAUAACUUGAAUAUGACUCAUGUCUUCCUAGAGUAAUUUGAAUAUAAAUUAAUAUUAAAUGGUAUCAAGAAAUGACACUAAGAAAUUGUUAUGACAUUGUUUUACGUGAUGAUGGUUAUUAUGGUUACAUAAAAGUUUAGAGACUUAUAUUGAAGUAAUCCACAGUGGCCAGUUUUGAUAUGUGGGUAUUAUUAUAGGAGUCAGAAAUAUUGCAAAAAUCAAAAUUACUGCAAAAGACUUUGGAUGGUGUCUUGAAUAAGCUCUGUUAUAAUAUUCUAUCUGCCUUUAUGUAUAUCUGCCCAUUUUUCAUAAUAAAGAUCUGAAAAUUGUA